UUCAAAGUUUUGUGCUAGCCAAUGCAAGAAUCGUCGAUUAUCCUAUUGUUUAUUGCAACGAAGGUUUUUCCAAGUUGAUUGGAUAUGGCCGAGUGGAAAUAAUGCAUAAGAGUGGAAGCUGCGCAUGUUUUUACGGAGAACAUACUACACAGGAUAUGAGAGAAAAAUUAAUCAAUGCCCUAGACAACAAAACGUUGGACCAGUUUGAAAUGCUUUUGUACAAAAAGAAUACGUUAAUUUAG